ACGGUGACGAACCAGGAAGUGGAAUCCACAAUAUUUCGUUAACGUGACAAUUUGGGGAGAGCUUUUGCAGAGCAUGUUUCUAUGAAAAUUAUAGGCUAUUUAGUCUAAAUUGUCCAACUUUAAAUAAAUUAAGUUAUCCAUGAAGGGCUUUAUUGACUGCCACUGUCACAUCUCUGCAAGAGAUUUCGACAAUGACAUAGAAGAUGUGAUUGAGAAUUCUAAAAAGGCUGGGCUUUUAGCCCUACUAGCAGUAGCAGAAAAUGUUGGAGAGUUUGAAAAGAUUAUACAGCUGUCACAGAGGUUCCCAGGCUUUAUUUUCCCUUGUUUAGGUGUCCAUCCUAUACAGGGGACAGCUCCUGAGCCACAGAGAGGAGCCGUACUCCAGGAUUUAGAUGCUGCUUUGCCCCUGAUAGAGAAAUAUAAAGACCAUAUUGUUGCUAUUGGGGAGGUAGGCUUGGAUUUCACCCCCAGAUUUGUCAGUGGUGACGCAGACAAAGACAGUCAAAGACAGGUGCUUAUUCGGCAGGCAGAGAUUGCAAAACAACUGGACCUUCCGCUAAAUGUCCAUUCAAGAUCUGCAGGCAGACCUACUAUACACCUGCUAAAGGAACAAGGUGUUGAGAAAGCUCUUCUUCAUGCUUUUGAUGGGAAACCCUCAGUUGCCAUGGAGGGAGUAAAGGCUGGGUAUUUCUUCUCCAUUCCUCCAUCUAUAGUGAGAAGUGAACAGAAGCAGAAGCUAGUGAAACAGCUGCCGUUGGAGAGCAUGUGUCUAGAAACCGAUUCACCUGCCUUGGGUCCAGAGAAACAGAUAAUCCAUCCACAGGACAGGUGUGGCAGAUCAAGAAGCGGAUUAAACAGCAUGAUCAUUGCACAGUUGCACCUUGUGCUGGGUACAAUAAAAGGCAUCUCUAAAAUGUGCAGUUUUGUCACACAAAACAAUGAACACAAUGCCACGGAUGUCUCAAGUUUUGAGGGAGCGUGCAAUUGACAUACUGACUGCAGAGCUGUUGCCAGAUCAUGCAAUGUUAAUUUCUCUACCAUUUGGCAGUAGGUUCAACUGGCAUCACAUCCGCAGACCACGUGUAUUGCGUUGUGUGGUCAAGAGGUUUGCUGAUGUCAAAAUUGUGAACAGAGUGCCCUAUGGUGGCGGUGGGGUUAUGGUAUGGGCAGGCAUACAGUGCAUUCGGAAAGUAUUCAGACCCCUUGACUUUUUCUGCAUUUUGUUACGUUAGUCUUAUUCUAAAAUAUAGAUAUUUUUUAUCCCCUUUAAUUUGCCCACAAUAUCCCAUAAUGACAAAGUGAAAUCGGGUAAAUGUAUAUUAAAAUGCAGGUGUGCUAAGCUUGUAGCAUCAUACCCAAGAAGACUUGUGGCUAUAAAUGCUGCCAAAGGUGCUUCAACAAAGUCCUGAGUAAAGGGUCUGAAUACUUAUGUAAAUGUGAUAUUUCAGGGUUUUAUAUUUUAUACAUUUGCAAACAUUUAUAAAACCUGUUUUUACUUUUGUCAUUAUGGGGUAUUGUGUGUAGAUUGAUGAGAAGAAAAAAAAACAAUUUAAUCGAUUUUAGAUUAAGGCCGUAAUGUAACAAAAUGUGGAAAAAUUCAAGGGGUCAUUUUGUCAAAGGCUAUUUGAAUGCACAGAGAUACCGUGACGAGAUCCUGAGGCCCAGUGUCGUGCCAUUCAUCCGCUGCCAUCACCUCAUGUUUCAGCAUGAUAAUGCAGAGCCCCAUGUCGCAAGGAUCUGUACACAAUUCCUGAAAGCUGAAAAUGUCCCAGUUCUUCCAUGGCUUGCAUGCUCAGACAUGUCACCCAUUGAGCAUGUUUGGGAUGCUCCGGAUUGACGUGUACGACAGCGUGUUCCAGUUCCCGCCAAGUUGCUGGAUCAACUUCGCACAGCCAUUGAAGAGGAGUGAGACAACAUUCCACAGGCCACAGUCAACCGCCUGAUCAACUCUAUGAAAAUGAGAUGUCGCGCUGCUUAAGGCAAAAGGAGGUCACACCAGACACUGACUGAUUUUCUGAUCCACGCCCCUACCGUUUUUUUAAGGUAUCUGUGACCAACAGAUGCAUAUCUGUAUUCACAGUCACGUAGAUUAUGGCCUAAUGAAUUUAUUUCAAUUGACUGAUUUACUUAUAUGAACUAUAACUCAGUAAAAUAUUUGAAAUUGUUGCCUGUUGCUUUUAUAUUUUUGUUCAGUGUAGAUUGAAAUCCAUAUGCCAUUGACUUUAUCCUGGUUUGAAAGUGGUUGUACAUCAAGUAAUGUUUUGAAAGUGAUUGAUGCAUCUAAGAAUAUAUUUUAGGGAUGGUAUUACUAACACUAGUCAUGCUUUUGCAUCUUAA